AUGAUGAACAACGGCAGCUACCCCGACGCCGCCGGCUUCGGCCUGGCGGACGAGGCGGACGACAUGCCGUCCACCGAGAAGGACCUGGCGGAGGACGCGCCGUGGAAGAAGAUCCAGCAGAACACGUUCACGCGGUGGUGCAACGAGCACCUCAAGUGCGUGGGCAAGCGCCUGGGCGACCUGCAGCGCGACCUGAGCGACGGGCUGCGCCUCAUCGCGCUGCUCGAGGUGCUCAGCCAGAAGCGCAUGUACCGCAAGUUCCACCCGCGCCCCAACUUCCGCCAGAUGAAGCUGGAGAACGUGUCGGUGGCCCUGGAGUUCCUGGAGCGCGAGCACAUCAAGCUCGUGUCCAUAGACAGCAAGGCUAUCGUCGAUGGGAACCUGAAGCUGAUCCUGGGCCUGAUCUGGACCCUGAUCCUCCACUACUCCAUUUCCAUGCCCAUGUGGGAGGAUGAAGAUGACGAGGACGCCCGCAAACAGACCCCCAAGCAGCGUCUGCUCGGCUGGAUCCAGAACAAGGUGCCGCAGCUGCCCAUCACCAACUUUAACCGCGACUGGCAGGACGGCAAGGCUCUGGGUGCCCUGGUGGACAACUGUGCCCCUGGUCUCUGCCCUGACUGGGAAGCCUGGGACCCCAACCAGCCCGUGCAGAACGCCAGAGAGGCCAUGCAGCAGGCAGAUGACUGGCUCGGAGUGCCCCAGGUGAUCGCCCCUGAAGAAAUCGUGGACCCCAACGUGGAUGAGCAUUCUGUCAUGACUUACCUGUCACAGUUCCCCAAGGCCAAGCUCAAACCUGGUGCCCCCGUCCGCUCGAAGCAGUUGAACCCCAAGAAAGCCAUCGCCUACGGACCCGGCAUCGAGCCCCAGGGCAACACGGUGCUGGAGCCUGCCCGCUUCACCGUGCAGACCGUGGACGCCGGCGUGGGUGAGGUGCUGGUCUACAUCGAGGACCCCGAGGGCCACACGGAGGAGGCCAAGGUGUUGCCCAACAAUGACAAGGACCGCACCUACGCCGUCUCCUACGUGCCCAAGGUUGCUGGGCUACACAAGGUGACCGUGCUCUUUGCUGGCCAGAACAUUGAGCGUAGCCCCUUCGAGGUGAACGUGGGCAUGGCGCUCGGGGAUGCCAGCAAGGUGUCGGCCCGCGGCCCCGGCCUGGAGCCUGUGGGGAACGUGGCCAACAAGCCCACCUACUUUGACAUCUACACCGCAGGGGCUGGCACGGGCGACGUUGCCGUGGUGAUCGUGGACCCUCAGGGGCGGCGGGACACAGUGGAGGUGGCCCUGGAGGACAAGGGCGACAACACGUUCCGCUGCACGUACAGGCCCGUGACCGAGGGGCCGCACACGGUGCACGUGGCCUUCGCCGGCACGCCCAUCACCCGAAGCCCCUUCCCUGUCCACGUGGCGGAAGCCUGCAAUCCCAACGGCUGCCGUGCCGCUGGGCGAGGCCUGCAGCCCAAAGGUGUGCGCGUCAAAGAGGUGGCCGACUUCAAGGUGUUCACCAAGGGCGCUGGCAGCGGGGAGCUCAAGGUCACGGUCAAGGGUCCAAAGGGCACGGAGGAGCUGGUGAAAGUCCGAGAGGCCGGGGACGGCGUGUUCGAGUGCGAGUACUACCCCGUGGUCCCCGGGAAGUACGUGGUGGCCAUCACGUGGGGUGGCUACGCCAUUCCCCGCAGUCCAUUCGAGGUCCAAGUGAGCCCGGAGGCCGGCGCCCAGAAGGUGCGGGCAUGGGGUCCUGGCCUGGAGACUGGCCAGGUGGGCAAGUCCGCGGACUUUGUCGUGGAAGCCGUCGGCACAGAAGUGGGGACGCUGGGCUUCUCCAUCGAGGGGCCCUCGCAAGCCAAGAUAGAGUGUGAUGACAAGGGGGACGGCUCCUGCGACGUGCGGUACUGGCCCACGGAGCCCGGGGAGUACGCCGUUCACGUCAUCUGUGACGACGAGGACAUCCGGGACUCGCCGUUCAUCGCGCACAUCCAGCCGGCCCCGCCCGACUGCUUCCCGGACAAGGUGAGGGCCUUCGGACCCGGCCUGGAGCCCGCCGGCUGCAUCGUGGACAGGCCUGCCGAGUUCACCAUCGACGCCCGCGCCGCCGGCAAGGGAGACCUGAAGCUCUACGCGCAGGAUGCGGACGGCUGCCCCAUCGACGUCAAGGUGGUCCCCAACGGCGACGGCACCUUCCGCUGCUCCUACGUGCCUACCAAGCCCAUUAAGCACACCAUCAUCAUCUCCUGGGGAGGCGUGAACGUGCCCAAGAGCCCCUUCCGGGUGAACGUGGGAGAAGGCAGCCAUCCCGAGCGGGUAAAGGUGUACGGCCCCGGAGUGGAGAAGACGGGCCUGAAGGCCAACGAGCCCACCUACUUCACGGUGGACUGCAGUGAGGCCGGCCAAGGUGACGUGAGCAUUGGCAUCAAGUGCGCGCCUGGCGUGGUGGGGCCUGUGGAAGCCGACAUCGACUUCGACAUCAUCAAGAACGACAACGACACCUUCACGGUCAAGUACACCCCCCCGGGGGCCGGCCACUAUACCAUCAUGGUGCUGUUUGCCAACCAGGAGAUCCCCGCCAGUCCCUUCCACAUCAAGGUGGACCCGUCCCACGACGCCAGCAAGGUCAAAGCCGAGGGCCCCGGGCUGAGCCGCACAGGUGUGGAGGUCGGAAAGCCCACUCACUUCACCGUGCUGACCAAGGGGGCCGGCAAGGCCAGGCUGGACGUGCAGUUCGCGGGGGCGGCCAAGGGCGAGGCCGUGCGCGACUUCGAGAUCAUCGACAACCACGACUACUCCUACACGGUCAAGUACACCGCCGUCCAGCAGGGCAACAUGGCAGUAACGGUGACCUACGGGGGGGACCCCGUGCCCAAAAGCCCCUUUGUGGUGAAUGUGGCCCCCCCGCUGGACCUCAGCAAAGUCAAAGUCCAAGGCCUGAACAGCAAGGUCGCCGUGGGGCAGGAGCAGGCCUUCUCCGUGAACACCAGAGGGGCCGGCGGCCAGGGCCAGCUGGAUGUGCGGAUGACCUCGCCCUCCCGGCGCCCCAUCCCCUGCAAGCUGGAGCCCGGGGGCGGGGCGGAGGCCCAGGCUGUGCGCUACAUGCCCCCGGAAGAGGGCCCGUACAAGGUGGACAUCGCCUACGACGGCCACCCCGUGCCUGGGAGCCCCUUUGCUGUGGAAGCGGUUCUGCCCCCGGACCCCUCCAAGGUCUGUGCCUACGGCCCGGGGCUCAAGGGCGGCCUCGUGGGCACUCCGGCUCCGUUCUCCAUCGACACCAAAGGCGCCGGCACGGGAGGCCUGGGGCUGACGGUCGAGGGCCCCUGCGAAGCCAAGAUCGAGUGCCAGGACAACGGCGACGGCUCGUGUGCCGUCAGCUACCUGCCCACCGAGCCAGGCGAGUACACCAUCAACAUCCUCUUCGCCGAGGCCCACAUCCCCGGCUCGCCCUUCAAGGCCGCCAUCCGGCCCGUGUUCGACCCGAGCAAGGUGAGGGCCAGCGGGCCCGGCCUGGAGCGCGGCAAGGCCGGGGAGGCGGCCACAUUCACCGUGGACUGCUCGGAGGCGGGCGAGGCCGAGCUGACCAUCGAGAUCCUGUCGGACGCCGGCGUCAAGGCCGAGGUGCUGAUCCAGAACAACGCGGACGGCACCUACACCAUCAGCUACAGCCCGGCCUUCCCCGGCGCCUACACCAUCACCAUCAAGUACGGCGGCCACCCCAUCCCCAAGUUCCCCACCCGCGUCCACGUGCAGCCUGCGGUGGACACCAGCGGCGUCAGGGUGUCAGGGCCGGGCGUGGAGCCACACGGCGUCCUGAGGGAGGUGACCACCGAGUUCACGGUGGACGCGAGGUCCCUGACGGCCACGGGCGGAAACCACGUGACAGCUCGUGUGCUCAACCCCUCGGGCGCCAAGACGGACACCUACGUGACGGACAACGGGGACGGCACGUACCGUGUGCAAUACACUGCCUACGAAGAGGGUGUGCACCUGGUGGAGGUGGUCUAUGACGACGUGGCUGUGCCCAAGAGCCCCUUCCGAGUGGCUGUGACCGAGGGCUGCGACCCCACCCGGGUCCGGGCCUUUGGGCCAGGCCUGGAGAGUGGCUUGGUCAACAAGGCCAACCGCUUCACUGUGGAGACCAGGGGUGCUGGCACGGGAGGCCUGGGGCUGGCCAUUGAGGGCCCCUCCGAAGCUAAGAUGUCCUGCAAGGACAACAAGGACGGCAGCUGCACCGUGGAGUACGUCCCCUUCAGCCCCGGAGAUUACGACGUCAACAUCACCUUUGGGGGACAGCCUAUCCCAGGAAGCCCGUUCAGAGUUCCUGUGAAGGACGUGGUGGACCCUGGCAAGGUGAAGUGCUCAGGGCCAGGGCUGGGGACCGGCGUCAGGGCUCGGGUUCCGCAGACCUUCACAGUGGACUGCAGCCAGGCUGGCCGCGCCCCGCUGCAGGUGGCCGUGCUGGGCCCCACAGGUGUGGCCGAGCCCGUGGAGGUGCGCGACAAUGGCGACGGGACCCACACUGCCCACUACACGCCGGCCACUGAUGGCCCCUACACGGUAGCUGUCAAGUACGCCGACCAGGAGGUGCCCCGCAGCCCUUUCAAGAUCAAAGUGCUUCCAGCCCACGACGCCAGCAAGGUGCGGGCUAGCGGCCCUGGCCUCAGCGCCUCUGGCGUCCCUGCCAGCCUGCCCGUGGAGUUCACCAUCGAUGCCCGGGAUGCUGGCGAGGGCCUGCUGACCGUCCAGAUCCUGGACCCUGAGGGAAAACCCAAGAAGGCCAACAUCCGAGACAAUGGGGACGGCACGUACACCGUGUCCUACCUGCCGGACAUGAGCGGCCGGUACACCAUCACCAUCAAGUAUGGCGGCGACGAGAUCCCGUACUCGCCCUUCCGCAUCCAUGCCCUGCCUACAGGGGACGCCAGCAAGUGCCUGGUCACAGUGUCCAUCGGAGGCCACGGGCUGGGUGCCUGCCUGGGUCCCAGAAUCCAGAUUGGAGAGGAGACUGUGAUUACAGUGGAUGCCAAGGCAGCGGGCAAGGGGAAGGUGACCUGCACGGUGUCCACGCCAGAUGGGGCCGAGCUUGACGUGGAUGUGGUGGAGAACCACGAUGGCACCUUUGAUAUCUACUACACAGCACCCGAGCCCGGCAAAUACGUCAUCACCAUCCGCUUCGGGGGCGAGCACAUCCCCAACAGCCCCUUCCACGUGCUGGCAUGUGACCCCCUGCCGCGUGUGGAGGAGUCUGCGGAAGUGCUGCCGCUGCACCAGCCCUAUGCCCCUCGUCGGCCUGGCACCUGCCCCACACGCUGGGCCACAGAGGAGCCCGUGCUGCCCGUGGAACCGCUGGAGUCUAUGCUGAGGCCCUUCAACUUGGUCAUCCCCUUCACAGUGCAGAAAGGGGAGCUCACAGGGGAGGUCCGGAUGCCCUCUGGGAAAACAGCACGCCCCAACAUCACUGACAACAAGGACGGCACCAUCACAGUGAGAUACGCGCCGACAGAGAAGGGCCUGCACCAGAUGGGCAUCAAGUACGAUGGCAACCAUAUCCCUGGGAGCCCCCUGCAGUUCUAUGUGGACGCCAUCAACAGCCGCCAGGUCAGCGCCUACGGACCAGGCCUGAGCCACGGCAUGGUCAACAAGCCCGCCACCUUCACGAUUGUCACCAAGGAUGCUGGGGAAGGGGGGCUGUCGCUGGCUGUGGAGGGCCCGUCCAAGGCCGAGAUCACGUGCAAGGACAACAAGGACGGCACGUGCACCGUGUCCUACCUGCCCACGGCCCCCGGCGACUACAGCAUCAUUGUGCGCUUUGACGACAAGCACAUCCCAGGGAGCCCCUUCACGGCCAAGAUCACAGGCGACGACUCGAUGAGAACAUCCCAGCUUAACGUGGGCACCUCCACGGACGUGUCACUGAAGAUCACGGAGAGCGACCUCAGCCAGCUGACUGCCAGCAUCCGGGCCCCUUCGGGCAACGAGGAGCCGUGCCUGCUGAAGCGCCUGCCCAACAGACACAUCGGGAUCUCCUUCACCCCCAAGGAGGUCGGGGAGCACGUGGUUAGCGUCCGCAAGAGCGGCAAACAUGUCACCAACAGUCCCUUCAAGAUUCUGGUGGGGCCGUCGGAGAUCGGCGACGCCGGCAAGGUCCGAGUGUGGGGCAAGGGCCUCUCGGAGGGCCACACCUUCCAGGUGGCCGAGUUCAUCGUGGACACUCGCAACGCAGGCUACGGGGGCCUGGGGCUGAGCAUCGAAGGGCCCAGCAAGGUGGACAUUAACUGCGAGGACAUGGAGGACGGCACGUGCAAAGUCACCUACUGCCCGACCGAGCCUGGCACCUACAUCAUCAACAUCAAGUUCGCGGACAAGCACGUGCCAGGGAGCCCCUUCACCGUCAAGGUGACCGGCGAGGGGCGCAUGAAGGAGAGCAUCACCCGGCGCAGGCAGGCGCCUUCCAUCGCGACCAUCGGCAGCACCUGCGACCUCAACCUCAAGAUCCCAGGAAACUGGUUCCAGAUGGUGUCGGCGCAGGAGCGCCUGACGCGCACCUUCACGCGGAGCAGCCACACGUACACGCGCACGGAGAGGACGGAGAUCAGCAAGACCCGGGGCGGGGAGACCAAGCGCGAGGUGCGGGUGGAGGAGUCCACGCAGGUCGGCGGGGACCCCUUCCCUGCCGUCUUCGGGGACUUCCUGGGCCGCGAGCGCCUCGGCUCCUUCGGCAGCAUGGCCCGGCAGGAAGGUGAGGCCAGCUCUCAGGACAUGGCGGCGCAGGUGACCAGCCCGUCCGGCAAGACGGAGGCGGCGGAGAUCGUGGAGGGGGAGGACAGCGCCUACAGCGUCCGCUUUGUGCCCCAGGAGAUGGGGCCCCACACGGUCACCGUCAAGUACCGCGGCCAGCACGUGCCCGGAAGCCCCUUCCAGUUCACCGUGGGUCCGCUGGGGGAAGGCGGCGCCCACAAGGUGCGGGCCGGAGGCACGGGGCUGGAGCGAGGUGUGGCCGGUGUGCCAGCCGAGUUCAGCAUCUGGACCCGAGAGGCCGGAGCCGGGGGCCUGUCUAUUGCCGUGGAGGGGCCCAGCAAGGCGGAGAUUGCGUUUGAAGACCGCAAAGACGGUUCCUGCGGUGUCUCCUAUGUUGUCCAGGAGCCAGGGGACUACGAGGUCUCCAUCAAGUUCAACGACGAACACAUCCCGGACAGCCCCUUCGUGGUGCCGGUGGCCUCGCUCUCAGACGACGCUCGGCGUCUCACCGUCACCAGCCUCCAGGAGACGGGGCUCAAGGUGAACCAGCCGGCGUCUUUCGCGGUGCAGCUUAACGGGGCGCGCGGCGUGAUCGACGCUCGGGUGCACACGCCCUCGGGGGCCGUGGAGGAGUGCUACGUCUCCGAGCUGGAGAGCGAUAAGCACACCAUUCGCUUCAUCCCCCACGAGAACGGGGUGCACUCAAUCGAUGUCAAGUUCAACGGCGCCCACAUCCCCGGGAGCCCCUUCAAGAUCCGUGUGGGGGAGCAGAGCCAAGCCGGGGACCCAGGCUUGGUGUCAGCCUACGGGCCCGGGCUGGAGGGGGGCACCACUGGCGUGUCGUCGGAGUUCAUUGUGAACACCCAGAACGCAGGCUCGGGGGCCUUGUCAGUCACCAUUGAUGGCCCCUCCAAGGUGCAGCUGGACUGUCGGGAGUGUCCCGAGGGCCACGUGGUCACUUACACUCCCAUGGCCCCUGGUAACUACCUCAUUGCCAUCAAGUAUGGCGGUCCUCAGCACAUCGUGGGCAGUCCCUUCAAAGCCAAGGUCACAGGUCCUCGGUUGUCCGGAGGCCACAGCCUUCACGAAACAUCCACAGUUCUGGUGGAGACUGUGACGAAGUCCUCCUCCAGCCGCGGGGCCAGCUACAGUUCCAUCCCCAAGUUCUCCUCAGAUGCCAGCAAGGUGGUGACGAGGGGCCCCGGCCUGUCCCAGGCCUUUGUGGGCCAGAAGAACUCCUUCACAGUGGACUGCAGCAAAGCAGGCACCAACAUGAUGAUGGUGGGUGUGCACGGGCCCAAGACCCCCUGUGAGGAGGUAUACGUGAAGCACAUGGGAAACCGGGUGUACAACGUCACCUACACCGUCAAGGAGAAAGGAGACUACAUCCUCAUCGUCAAGUGGGGUGACGAAAGCGUCCCGGGAAGCCCCUUCAAGGUCAAUGUGCCCUGAACCCCAGAAGUGCCUCCCCCAGCCCAGGCCCCACCUCCCGCCAAACUCACCCACACAAACGUGCCACAGCCCUCCGCGCACUCACAGCAUCUGCCGCUAACACCCGCCUGAGGUGUGACCGGCACAACCCCCGCCUCACUGUGCACUCGAGGGUGGUGGGGCCUUUGUCUGCAGAGCAGUGCCCCUCAGAGGGGGCUGAGACUGUGGCGGAAGGGGUUACGCGGGCGGGGGUGGGGUCACGGCGGGGCUGAAGCCGGUGGGCAAGCACUGAGUGGGGUAUCUGUAAGGGAAGUCACUGACAAACCGCCAUGCCUGAGGACUCCGUCAGGCCUGCCCGGUGGCCACAACCCUAGAGAGGGGGACUUGGAAAACAGAAGAGUCAGAAGAAAAUGAACCGAAAACACGCAGCACACGGCACGUGGCCUGGUCCUGAGUGACCUGCUCUGCCCAAGCCAGGCCUCCUGGGGGACUGAUUUCUCUUACUGUUACUAUUUUUUUAUGGUUGCACAGCUCUGCCCCACUGGGAGUCUUUUUUACACAUUGUGGGGCCCAGCUUUCUGGAAACUUUUGCACAUCUGGAAAACACCAAAUAAAGAGUAGCUGUUGCA